CUCCCUGUGAUCCUUGAUCCCCUUGAUAAUCAAGAACCUAUCCAUCUCAGUCUUAAAUGUACUCAGUGACCCGGCCUCCACAGCCUUCUAUGGCAGUGAAUUCCAUAGAUUCACCACUCUCUGGCUGAAGAAAUUUCUCCUUAUUUCUGUUCUGAAAGGUCUUCCCUUUGCUCUAAGGCUGUGACCUUGGGUCUAGACUCUCCUACCACCUCCCCCCCGCCAUCCUUCUAAACUCCCAUGAGUGUAGUCCCAGGGUCCUCAAACAUUCCUCCUAUGUUAAGCUUUCCAUUCCUGGGGCCAUUUUCGUGAAUCUCCUCUGAGCCUGCUCCAGGGCCAGUACAUCCUUCCUGAGAUAUGGGGCCCAAAAUUGAACACAAUAUUCCAAAUGUGGCCUGACCACAGCUUUAUAAAGCCUCAGGAGUACAUCCCUGCGUUUAUAUUCAAGUCCUCUCAAAAUAAAUGCCAACAUUGCAUUUGCCUUCCUGACUACUGACUCAACCUGCAAGUUUACCUUGAGAAAAUCCUGGACUAGAACUCCCAAGUCUCUUUGCACUUCAGAUUUCUGAAUUUUCUCUCCAUUUAGAAAAUAGUCCAUGCUCUUAUUCUUCUUACCAAAGUGCAUGACCUCACACUUUCCCACAUUGUACUCCUUCUGCCACUUCUUUGCCCAUUCUCCUAACCUGCCCAAAUCCUUCUGCAGCCUCCCCACCUCCUCAAUGCUACCUGUCCUUUGACCUCUCUUUGUAUCAUCUGCAAACUUAGCCAGAAUGCCCUCAGAUCCUUCAUCCAGAUCAUGAAUGUACAAAGUGAAAAGUUGUGGUCCCAGCACUGACCCUUGUGGAACACCACUUGUCACCCUCUGUGUAGGCAGAUACAGAGCAUUAAAUUAUAGAAAAUAUGGAAAUCAAUGGGAUGUUAUCCCAAUAACAUCUCAUUCCCUCCUUUUUGUCAUUCCAUGAUAACCUAUAUUGGGGCCGAGAAUGGAGCUGCCAGCCUGUCAAACACAAGUCUGCAGCAAGGGUGCAGGCAUGCCAUAAAUGUACAGCAGACAGCUAUGAUAACUACGAGAACAACUAGCCCAUGUAGCAGGAUCAAAGACAUUCAGACUGUUUACUUGGACACAACAUUUUGUGAUCCACGAUUUUAUCAAAUCCCAAGCAGGGAGGAGUGCCUGAACGGGAUCCUGGAGUUAGUGAGAAGCUGGAUCACACUUAGCCCUUACCAUGUCGUGUGGUUAAACUGCAAGGCAGCAUACGGAUAUGAAUAUCUCUUCACUAACCUCAGUGAAGAAUUCUCAGUUCAGGUUCAUCUUAACAAGUUGGAUAUGUUUCAUAAUAUGCCCGAAAUUUUACAUCAUGUCACCACAGAGAGAUCAACACAGAUUCAUGCGUGUAGACACCCCAAGGAUGAGGAUUAUGUUCGUGGAAACAGACUCCCUUGUGGCAUUACAGCGAAAGAUGGGACUCCACUUCGCAUUAUCAGCAUUAAACCUUCUACCAUGUGGUUUGGUGAAAGGAUAAAGAAGGCGAGUGUAAUUGUAAGAACUGGAGAGAGUUCAUACAGGGCUUGUUUCUCAUUCCAUUCAUCCUUCAGUGAGAUUGUGGAUUUUCUUUCGUAUGUACAGCCUGUGAAUAUUCACCCAAACGUUGUACCUAUGGGCCGGAAUUUUGAAGAUGUCCAGGAGAUUUUGAAGCCACUUGGUAGGAAGUGUUUAGGAGAUGGUGAACCCGUGUACAAACCACUGGGCAGGUUGAAAAGAUCAAGGAAUUGUUCUAUCAAUGAGCAAGAUGGAGACUACAAUGACCUUUUCGAUGACUCCCAUCUAAUUCCACUGAAACAGAGGUUACAGUGUGCUCCACGUUCGCAGCUCGACACCGAAAGCAGGGACUCUCUACAGCAGAGAGAUCAGUGUGUCGAUGAAGGGAGCAUUAGUAAACACCCCAUCUACAUCAGUACAGAAUUCCUAGAGUGCGAAGAGUCAAACGACGAUGAUGAAGAUGAAGAGGAUGAAGAGGCUGCAAUAACUUACCUGGAAAGUAAGCUGAAUGCCAUGCAGAAGGGAUCAUUCCCUGAUCUUGCAGUACACUGUUCUGAAGAAGAAAAAGCAGGCGAGACUGAAUCACCACAGUGGGAUAUGUUUUUCAAAGCGGAAUCAAUUUUGAUAACUGAAACUGAUGAGGAUUCCGAGCCUCCGAGGGAGCAAGAGGUUGAUUUGCAAUCACCAAAACUGUUCAGUGAUUCCGAGGAUGGAGACUGCAUCCAUCUUCCCUCUCAAACAUCAUCCCAAUCAACACACAUAUCUGAACAAGGAAGUCAGGGCAGCCUGUUUGGUGAGUUAAAUUACAUUCCAGAAAAUAAAAUGGUCUCUGUGAAACUCACCAAGGAUAAACCUCCAUUCAGCGCAGCUCUGGACAUUGAGAAAAGCAACAAUAACUGGGAUCUUCAGCAACAUCAUGAAUUUCAUCCAGAUAAUUGCCAACGCGAUCCUACUGGUGCCCUGCUAAACGUCACUGAUCAUUCAAAUGGUAGCCAGAAGGGGGAGAGAGAACACAAUUCAAUUCCCAGUUUCAAGUCUGGCUCACAGACAUCCUCAGACUUUGAAAUACCUUCAACCCCAGACUCUGACCUGCCACAGCCAGAGGAACUGAACAUCCUUUACAAUAAGUUAGCUGCUGGCAAAACCAUAAACAAAGUACAAACAGAUAGUAAAUCCAAGUGAUAUACUUGUGGCUAUGUCCCAGUAUGGGACAUGAGAAGCUUGAAACUCCAGUUCAUGGUCAGAUUUUCUUCCUGCAACAACUGACCAAUGGGGCAAGUAACAAGGAUUCUUGUAAGUUGUAUACACUUUCAAACUUUUUGUAUUUAUUUAACAAAUUGCACCAGAUAACUGGGUGCAAUCACUUCAGCUGCCUGUUCUAUUUUCCAGUUAGUUCCUGCAAUGUAUUUUUGUUACUGGUAAAACCAGCCUGUAUUACCUGUCCUGGAUUUGCCUUCUUGUUCAGGGGGUGGUAAAGAACUGUGUUCUUGAAAACUGAGACACUGAAGUCAUGUUCAAGCAAGAGUCACAUCUGGCAGCCAGGCCAGGCAACGUCAGGGGAACUGCCUCAGCUGAAAGCCAGUAAGGGCUGGGGGAGCCUGAAGAGAGAGAGUGGGGCCACACUAUUCUCUGUUAUCCUUUCAGUCAAGAUCAAUAAUUGCAAGUCCAGUGUUUGUGAUGGAAUUUGGACUCACUGAAUGUUUGAUCCAAUAGUCACUGUACUAUUUAUUCCCAUUGAUGUAAAAACCAGCAGUGGAUCAACUUGAAACAUUGACAUUUAUUCAUUCUUUGAGCAAACAUGUCAUACAGCACCAGUUUUCAAUUCACAGCUCAGUACAAAGAGGUAUACAAGACCUGAAACAAUCCUAAAAAAGUAAAGAAAAAUAUAUCAAUUUCAACUUUAUUUUCUUGAUAGCCUAAAGCCAUAGGGUCAUCCACCAAUUUCCCCUUUUGUUAAAUAGGAAUCUCCACCUUUUAUUAAAAAAACUCUAACUUAACAAGUUGAUUGAUUUUAAAAUGUUGCAUCGUUGCACCAAAACAUGACACUCAAGCAGCUUUCAGUUCAAAGGGGUGACUGUUCAUUUGGGCUGAAAUGCAGUACAUCUUGUGUGCACUGAAGAACUGCUUUAAUAACACCUCAAACUUCAUUCAGCUCAUAUCUGAUGUCAGUGAUGCAGCAUUACUGAGCACAAUUACCACUGCUAAAUGGGAAUCAGGGAAACAACUUUAGCCAUCCCACUGAGCGAUGACUGAGCAAAUUAGAGUUCUGUUUUAAAAAUCAGGUUAAAAAAGUUGAACUGCAUUGACUGAAGCCACCUUUAAACUUGCAUUCUCACACCACACGGUUGCCUUCACUGCAUAUCUUGGACUAUACUAUAGCUAGAUUAAUGUGAAUCACUGUUUCAUCACCAAUAGGACUGCUGCUGAGCUUACACCAAGAACAAGGACUUAUACAUUUCUGGCUGGAAUUUUUAUACAAUUGUCACUUGGGUUGUCACUCAAACUGAAUCUGGAACUUGCUUUUAUCUGCUCACAAUACAAUGCCUCUUUGAUGGUCCAUGUUUUAAUCAAAUUUAAGCGGCAAACUUAGUAUUACUACUGUUUUAAGGAGAGCACUCCCUCAAGCGCAGUAGUUAUGACUUAAAGCAUGUUUUUUAAAAAAAAGCACAAUUAAAAAAAACCUCUAAAGACACUCAUUUCAAAAUCUUUGGAUGAAAUCUCACCAAAGCAACAGAACCUUUGCAGAUUUUCCUUAAGUUGUAAACCUUAGAGGCAGCACAGAAACAUGAGCUGGGAGAAGAAAGUAACAGCAGCUGAGAUCACUGCUCAAAUAAUAGGUCCAUUUUCUUAAAAGAAAAUCUACAACUGUAUUAAAAUAAAAAGGGUUCCAGAGUCACACUGGUCUCAAAACUAUAAUACAUCUCUUCUCCAGAGAUGCUGUCUGCCUGAAGUUUCUCUAACACUUAUUUAUGUUUCUGACUGCCUACCAUUCUCAGGGAUUUUAUGACUAAUGUUUAAUAGUGCCCAAACGUUUAGCAGAAAAUAUUCAAAAUUUCCGUAAAGGUACUGUUAAAGGUUUAAGAUGAGACAACUUUAAACUACACAUUUAAAACAAGCUCUCAAAAAGAUCAUAAAGGACUUGGUCUUGCUUAAUUUUGGGCUGUAACAAGUUAUUAAAGUAAAUUAUCCCAUUAUUAUGGCUAUCCUUCAUCCAAAAUGUACACACACUUGUUGCUUACUUUGAGUCUGAAAUUCACUCUCCUUAAUACAAGUUAUU